ACCACACCGGACGCAUCACAUCGUUAUGGAAAAAAGAGGCGGAGACCUGCUCCAGAGCCGUCGAGAGAAGUUCCAGCGGCUCAGGGACAGAGGAGUAGAGCCAUUCCCGAAUCGUUACCCCGUAGCCACACCAUCGGGGAGGCGGUAGCAUUUUAUAGGGACGAGGCGGCAAACGGAGGCGACGAGACUCGCACGGCCCCGGUGUCCGUGGGCGGGCGCAUCAUGACGCUGCGACGAAUGGGCAAAGCCUCCUUCAUUAACCUCCAGGACGGCUCAGGCCAGAUUCAGGUUCACCUGAGAAGGGAUAUCCUGGACCAGGAGUACGAGCUGGUCCGGGACCUGGACAUGGGCGACUUCCUGGGCGCACAGGGGCCUCUCUUCCUCACCCGGACCGGUGAGAUAACCCUGGAAGCCCACGAGGUGUCCUUCCUUGCAAAGGCCAUGCGCCCCCUGCCGGAGAAGUGGCACGGCCUCUCCGACGUGGAGAUACGUCACAGGCAGCGCUAUCUCGACCUCAUCACCAACCAGGAGGCCAAGCAGAACUUCCAGACCCGCAGCCGCAUCAUCUCGGCGAUUCGCCGGUUUAUGGACGCCCGGGGCUUCAUGGAGGUGGAGACACCCGUGCUUGUGCCGGUUGCCGCCGGCGCUAUGGCCCAGCCCUUCGCCACUCACCAUAACGCCCUUGACCGCGACCUCUACCUCCGCAUUGCAACGGAGCUGUACCUCAAACGCCUCAUAGUUGGCGGGCUGGACAAGGUGUACGAGAUCGGCAGAGUGUUCCGCAACGAGGGCAUCGACCAGGACCACAACCCUGAGUUCACCCUGCUGGAGAGCUACGAAGCCUACGCCGACUACAACGACGUGAUGUGCAUGGUGGAGGACAUGGUCUGCUCAGUAGCCCAGGAGGUGCUGGGCACGGCGCAGGUCCAGUACGGCGACAACGUAAUCGACUUCACGCCUCCCUGGAAAAGGGUCUCACUCAGGGAGGAGGUGCAGCGCAGCGCGGGCAUCGAUUUCCAGGACUUCCCGGACGCCUCAUCCCUUGAGGAGAGAAUAAAGGAGCUGGGCAUUGUCGCAGAGGGACGAAGCAGCCGCGGGAGGCUCAUCGACAAGCUGGUGUCGGCUUGCGUAGAGCCGCAGCUCAUCCAGCCGACGUUCCUGCUGGACUAUCCUCUGGACAUGUCCCCGCUGGCCAAGCAGAGCCCGGACGACCCCACUAUGGUGGAGCGGUUCGAGGGCUUUGCCGCGGGCAUGGAGAUAGCCAACGCCUUCACCGAGUUGAACGAUCCCGAUGAGCAGCGCAGGCGGUUCAUGGAGCAGGAGGCCCUGAGAGGCCUGGUAGACGAGGACCUUGACCGGCUGGACGAGGACUAUCUGCUGGCCCUGGAGCACGGGAUGCCUCCAACGGGCGGGCUGGGAAUAGGCAUCGACCGGCUGACCAUGCUGCUGACCGGGCAGCAGUCGAUACGCGAGGUUAUCCUGUUCCCUCAGCUGAGAGAGAGGUAA